AUGGAAAAGGAAAAUCAAACUUUGGUGGUGGAGUUUUUUUUCAUGGGUUUAACCAAUCACUUCCAAAUUCAGGUUGUCCUCUUUGUGUUGUUUCUCUUGGUUUAUCUUGUUACUCUUUUGGGAAACCUGGGGAUGAUCGUACUCAUUUGGAUGAGUCCCCGACUCCACACUCCCAUGUACUUUUUCCUCAGUCAUUUGUCCUUUGUGGAUAUCUGUUCCUCAUCUGUCAUUGGUCCCAAGAUGUUGACUGACAUCUUCAUGGAGAAGAAAGUAAUUUCUUUCUUUGGUUGUGCAGCUCAGAUCUGGUUUUUUGGACAGCUUGUAGUGACUGAGUGCUUCCUUUUGGCCUCCAUGGCCUAUGAUCGGUACAUAGCCAUCUGUAAGCCAUUGCUUUACACACUUGUUAUGACCCAAACAGUUUGUGUGCAGCUGGUGGUAGGGCCAUACACCUUGGGCAUCAUAAGUACUCUAACCCAUACGACUUUCACCUUUCGCCUACCAUACUGUGGUCCAAAUCUCAUCAACCACUUCUUCUGUGACCUUCUUCCUGUUGUCUCUCUGGCAUGUGCAGACACCCGGGUCAAUAAAUUUUUACUUUUCAUCUUGGCUGGAGCCCUAGGAGUUCUCAGUGGAGUGAUAAUCUUGGUGUCCUAUAUUUACAUUGUCAUCACUAUCCUGAGGAUCCGCUCCGCUGAGGGGAGGCGCAAAGCCUUCUCUACCUGCUCUUCCCACCUGACAGCUGUCUCCAUCCUUUAUGGAACCCUCUUCUUUAUUUAUGUACGUCCGAGCUCCAGUUUCUCCCUGGAUAUCAAUAAAGUGGUGUCUGUGUUUUACACGGCUGUGAUUCCCAUGUUGAACCCCCUCAUCUACAGUCUGAGAAACAAGGAAGUCAAAGAUUCCUUCAGAAGGACUUUUGCAAGGAAAAAGUUUCUUAUCAGUAAAUGA